AGGGAUUUUCUGGAUGAGUUGCAUGGAACGAGGCAGCUCGUCUAAACAGCAGCCAUGGGUGUGACAUUGUUUUAUUAGACUGAUGGGCGCCUUUUAUCUACGAUUGUGUUACGUUUUAUUCCAUUCGUUCACGCUGCUUGUUUGACUUUUUAUUUAUUUUUUAUUUUUUGCACUAGCAAGCUGAGAGCGAGGCUAGCUGUCACUUACUAGCCAGAAGCCACAUCAGCUGCUGUUAGCGUUCAGAUACAUUUCGUCAUGGCAGAGGCUAUCAUGAGCAAAGCUGCCACCGUGGAGAUCCCCAUUAACAACAAUGGAGACACUGGGGCACAGCCAGAGGAUGACAGUCUGGAGCAGGAUUUGCAACAGGUGAUGGUGUCGGGGCCCAACCUCAACGAAACCAGCAUCGUGUCGGGAGGUUAUGGCGGUCCAGCGGGGGGCAUCAUUCCAACCAGCACCAUCAAAGGGCCUGCCAUACGUUUCAACCCCGAGUAUUUGGACAGAGGACGUGCCCCCGCGCCUGCACCAGACAUCCGCAUGAAAUCCAGGGCCGCUAGCUUGCCGAGCAGCCAGCAGCUCUCAGCUUCCACGAACCAUAACACCAACAACGCGAUGGAAGAAGUGUCCCGCGGCGUGGCAGUGGAGAAGCUGGAUAGUGUGAAGAAAUGGGGCAUAAACACAUAUAAGUGCACCAAGCAGAUGUUCUCAGAGCGUUUUGGCCGAGGCUCGCGGACGGUCGACUUGGAGCUGGAGGCUCAGAUUGACGUGCUGCGAGACACCAAGAGCAAGUACGAGAACAUCCUCAGACUAGCCACGGCGCUCACCAGCCACUUCCAGAGUAUGGUGCAGACGCAGCAGGCUCUCGGGGAUACGUUCACUGACCUCAGCCAGAAGUCACCGGAGCUGCAGGACGAGUUCGGGUAUAACGCAGAAACCCAAAAGCUAUUGUGCAAGAACGGUGAGUCCCUGCUGGGCGCCGUCAACUUCUUUGUGUCCAGUAUCGACACUCUGGUCAACAAAACCAUGGAGGACACGCUGAUGACCAUCAAGCACUACGAAAACGCAAGGUUGGAGUUUGACGCCUACCGGUCCGACUUGGAAGAGCUGAGUUUGGGCCCGAGGGACAGCGGCGCCAUGGUCCGCAUCGACAUGGCCCAGCACGACUACCAAGUGCACAGGGACAAAUACGAGCGGCUGCGCAGCGACGUCACCAUCAAGCUCAAGUUUUUAGAGGAGAACAAGGUGAAGGUGAUGCACAAGCAGCUGCUCCUCUUCCACAACGCCAUCUCGGCAUACUUCGCCGGCAACCAGCAGCAGCUGGAACAAACUCUGGUGCAGUUCAACGUCAAGUUAAAGCCGCCCGGCGCCGACAAGCCGUCCUGGCUGGAGGAACCGUGACAGGAAGUACAUGUUUAUGGCGGGAUCAGUAGAGAAUAUUGAAAUGGGAAAAGUUUGCCUCUCUUUUUGUUUUUUUAAAUUCUCAUGUGUUUCAAGUUUUAUUUAUAUCUUUUUUAGCUAAGCCACAUAGUAUCCUUUGAUAGUCCAUUCAUUUCCAUGUAUAUCACAAUAUCUAAAGUAUAAACCUUUAUAGUAGAGAUGGCUGUUGGGUACCUUAUUGUGUCUUUUUGUUAUCUUUUGAUAUUUUUUAGUACAGUACGCGAGUUUGUCAGCGAACCGUAUCAUGUUUUAUGUUACCGAUUGCACACGAUUAGGGCUCGAGCAAAUGCAGUGCAAAGGCCUUCUUGAAAGUGCUUCGCUUCGUCGUCAUUAUGAUUCUCAGGCCCAACAAAAUGUUCAUUUCAUCUCAAGAACCCUGCGAAGUCUGCCAUUUUGAAGUUAGAAGAGGCGCUUCCUUCCAAAACAAACUUGUAGAGAUUUUGUGUGAUUGUGACCGAAUUUGAACCAGGUCUACUUGACAGAUGAACGACACUAAAUUGUGAGACAUUUGAGUUUUCACCUUUGCGUGUGGGCAGAGCACGGCGACGACGUUUGAUGAGUCACCUGAAAUCACAGAACUCUGAAUGACUCAACUCUGCAUGGUCACAAGCGUCUUAACGUCACGCCCUGAAGAGAUUCACAGGUAGAAAUGUAUACAUGCAAUAACUCUGCUUUAAUUUGCUUGUUUUGUGUUAUAGCUGCCUCAAUUGUCAUUUUACACUGAUGAGACGAAUACGGAUAUAUUCUGUGUAUUAUAGUCAAUCUCUCUUGCCGAGUGUGCAAUCUUUAAUUAAUUUCAACUGUUGCUUUGGGUACCCGCUGAGCUAUUUCUGCAUUGUUACAACCGGACUGUUUACAGGCUGUUGACAAUGAAUUUAACGGCCAAAUCAUCAAAUGGUACGAUUGAAAGUAUUCAUUGGUCAGUAUUUAUGUUUUCAAAAGAGUCCAUCUUUUUAUAUUUUAUUUUGAUUUUGCUGUGUUUUCUCCUAUUUAUCAAAUCUAUAAGAGUAUUUUAUUUUCACAUCUUUGUCCUUGUUGUGGUGCACUCGCAAAUAAAAGUCUGCUGGAUGUUUUUGUUCCAUUCAAAUGAGCAGUUCGAAGCAAACGCGCGUGUGUGUGGGGGGGGGAAAAACUUCACUGGCAAGUAUCACAUCACCUUUUAAUAUGAAGUAGAUGUCCGUUUAUUAUGUACACAGGUAAAAUCACUUUUACACUACACUUGUAUUUAAUACGUAUAUGCUGUAUAGUUGACUUUCUAAGAGAGUUUCUUUUGUCGAUGUUCUUUGCUGUAGCCAUUUUAUUGACCUCCUAAAAGUCAUUUUCUCGACCUUUACCUUCAUGCUAGCUUACCAUGUUGCUGUGCCUUAGCUCAGG